UUCUUCUUUGGCUGGUUUGUUUUUUCUCACGGUCGUGUUCGGGGCGAUGGAGGGGAUUCUCGUUUCGAUUGUUCUUUCUCUUCUCUGGCUGUUGCGCAAAACAUCGCGGCCGCAGUGCAUCGUCCUGGGGCGCCUUCCACAAACUUACAUCUACCGAAACAUCGAGCGUUUUCGCAUGGCAAAAGAGGAACCAGGGAUCAAAAUCGUGCGUUUCGACGCGUCUCUGAACUUCAGCAACAGCGACUACUUCGACAGUCGGGUUCGCCAGAAACUGGAGCCCUCUACGCGGUACCUGAUCAUCGACGGAUCUUCGAUCAACGAUCUAGAUGUGACCUCUAUUCGCAUGCUGCAGCGACUCUGUUCGCACUUGAAACAAAAUGGAAUCACCAUGGUGUUCGCGAACUGGAAAGGCCCCAUGCGCGAUUUCUUGCAGAGGGCUCAGUUUUACGAAACACUACCUCCAGAGAACUGCUUCCUUUCUCUCCACGACGCCGUCUUCUGGGCCAAACAGAAACUCGCAGCUCAACAGAAAAUUUAUGAGGUGCACGCCUUAGAUCGCGCAGGAAUCCCGGGUGUACGUACAUUCGCGAAUGCGGUCGAAACGCAGGGAAACAUGAUUCGCCAUCGGCGGCGUGGGCACAGGGUUGUCAUGCGUGGAUCGAGUCGCUGUGUUUCGAGGGGGGUCACUGUGCUUUUUCUGUCGGCUGUUGGAAGUGGCGUCAGCUUCAAAUACCCGAAAUCUCUGCAUGCGCAUAUGCCAUCUCGCAUGUUUCUCUUCUUAGUGUUUGUGUACGUGUAG